AUAUAUAUAUACGAUAGCAUUGAGAUUAAUUGCACAUGCCUGCUUUUAAAUGGGAAGUAGGCCUCAUGUUGGUCCUUCCAGGGUAAAAUUAAACACUUCUAUAUGACCAGAAAGGAUGCAUUUAGCGCGGUUUCGUUGUCCCUGUUAUUUCGCAACUUCAUUUUAAAGGCUCGCCAAUACUUGGACAUGGUAACAUUUUAUGCGAAAGACUCCUGUAAGAGAUGAAGGUUAGGCGCCGUAAACAACCACAGCCCACAUCAGAACCUAUUUUGAUUCACGAGGUGGAGUCCCUUACGUAUGUACGACCAGCUGCAAUUUACUCAGAUAAACGGCAAAUUGCAGCAACGGGUGGGUUUGAAGUUGGUAUCGACGAACCUGGGCAGAGCAGAACCCGUCGGAGUACAAGUAACUUGCGAUGUGUAAUUCUCGCCUCGUGGCAAUACGAAGGUGCAGCGCGGAGCGGUAAUGAAGUUAAGUUUAGAUAUCGUGGGCCGACGUGGGGCAGAAGGGUUGAGAGUCUAAGCUGUGAGAUCUUUUUUCGGACCACCGGGUGUACGAUUGAUACUUGCAACUGUCUCAGAAUCAAUCUUCAUCUUUCUCCAGUCUCCUCCCAGCCCACAGCGAUUGGACGUCAAGAUGUCUUCUGAAGGCCCGCCAUUUUCACUGCGACUGCAGUGUCACGAAAAGUACUAUGAGGAACAACACACUUUAGUCCGUACCGUACCAAAGUCGAGAAAAAAACACGCUACAAGAGUUAGUGGAUGUCCACGAUGGGCAUUCGCUGUAGUUUCCUAAAAACCAAGGAUAACAAUCACCUGCGGUAUCUCUUCGUCCCAUGCUUGCGAUAGCUUAUGCUAUUCGUGAAGACUCGACCUGCACUGCGGCCCCGUUGUAAUCUGUUGGCGAAUCUUUAUGCAUGGCCAAAAUACCACUUCGAAAGUCCCCCAAGAAGGCAUGUUGUGGCUUUUAUGCUAGCAUACACCAGCAAAGGUCUAUCUUGCAGAAAAGCGACCACUUGGCAUUGAGACAUAGUUUACGUCGUUACGACGACAAAAAGGUUCCCACGCCACUGGGGCCGACUGCAGCCGCUUUCCAAGAUCGGAGCUUGGCACCUGAUAUUAUGAUGAGAGCAGUGUAGCAAUCUGCCUUAUCAGUUACUAUAUGACAUGAGACUUCUGGGCAUCACUGGUGAUAUUGAUAUUUUAAGACAUGUCUGAGUCCGGCUCCACAUGCUACGAUGUUUGGCUGGCCGUCAAAAUGAACAACUUGCUCCCUUCUUUGAGGCGCCUUUAAGGUUGGUCCCCAGCCAAGUCAUGUCUCCACACCUCGUUUUCGCAGUGGUUCUAUUUGUAGCUUUUUGUCGAUCAGUGUAUUCCCAGAACCUUACACAGGCUCAGCUUGCAAUCGUCAGCGACCGUCUAGGCGAGGGAGCUUCGCAUAGCUGGGAGUAUGGCACUCGAGCUGAGGCCCUUCUUGAGUAUACUGCUUCGACUUUCUCGGUCCUAUCUUCUUCUCCGCUCCCGCCGCCAUCCACUGUGCCCUCAAAUCUGACGGACGCCCUUUCAGUCGUUUUCAAUAUAUCAAAGACUAUCGUUGCGGGCCGCGCUAAUUCAAACGGCAACAUCACAGGUCCUCAACCUCUCAUCCAGGAUUCCAGUGCUGGGGAUCCUGCGAGUAUAGGUGUCACUGUUUUGUUGGCUAACUGGACGGGUCAAGGACAGAAGGAUGGCUUGGACUAUGCUGGUGCUGCAGAGGAUCAGCUAAACUUUCUGUUUCAAGAUGUACCCAAGACGAGUGACGGCGCGCUGUCCCACCGGGUGGAUCAGGUGCAGCUAUGGAGUGACUUUGUUUACAUGGUUCCCCCAUUUUUGGCCUACUACGGGGUUAUCACAGAAAAUCGUACACUCGUUUCCGAAGCCUAUAACCAGAUCAGCCUUUAUCGCAGCUACUUGCGGGACCCAGAUGCCAAUAAUCUUUGGAAGCAUAUUUUGCUAGGUUCAUCUGGCAACGACGAAGGUCAUUGGGCGACAGGCAAUGCAUGGGCUGCAGCUGGGAUGACCCGAGUGCUUGGGACGAUACAACGAUCCCAGUAUGACAAGUCGCUGGCAAACGAGCAGAAAGAUCUCGCGAAUUGGAUACAAGAGAUUCAUGGCGGAAUGUACCCACUCCUUAAUUCUAACGGUCUUUUCAGAAACUACCCCGAUAACGAUACCACUUUUUAUGAUGCUUCAUCGACGGCAUUGCUAGCAAGUACAGUAUACCGACUGUCCUACCUGUGGAACGUACACACGCACCUUCCGCUGGCCGAGCAAUGUAGAAAAGCUCUCUCUUCGUCUUCUGGCGCCCAAGUCUCCUUCGGAACAACGCCAUCUCCCACUUCGUCUUCGUCGUCUUCUCCUUCCGCGACAUCGACGACACCCCCGGCCUCCCCUUCCUCCAUUCUCGGUCUUGACCAUUUCACUUCCGAUGGCUGGCUCACCCCCGUUGUUAAUCCAGACUCAUACGGCUCGCAAGGCACCCAGAGCCCUGAAGGCCAGGCCUUUAUCCUGGAAAUGCAAUCAGCAUGGCGGGAUUGGGUGGCAGAUGGCGCCAAGGGUGCAAACGGUAGUGUGCGAGGUGCGGACCUGAGCGUCACUUUGACCUGGCUAUUCGCGGUAUUUGUGGGAAUCACCGUCGUUUACCGCUGAGGAAAACACGCUUCAGUGUUCUGGCAGAUGCUCGGAGGGCAGGCUUUCAUUUAAUCGACUUGACGCUCGAGAAUCGAACUUCUAGGACCUGAUAUGGUAUAGACUUAUCGGCAGCGUCUAAUCUUCUUCUCAUAGUCUAACAAUCUUUUUGAGUUUAAUGUCUGGUUCGUACUACAUACAUACUUCCUACAUGUACAUGUACAUGUUGACUUGGUAUCUUUUGGGAUUAGACACGUAUAGUUUUAGAUAACAUUAUAAUCGUCGCAAAGAUGAGGAAGGGUAUUGUAUCUUUGGUGUGAUGGCUAGCAUCUCCCGGGAAGGAAUGCAUAUUUUUCGGGCUCGUUUGAGAGGCUUCAGCGUGGUUGCCCCGAAAUGGUGAAUGAAUGAAUGAUGGAAGCGGAUGUUGCCGAUUCAGGCGCCAAGGGAUGAACUCAAGGACAGCACAUUUUUCUUUGAGAAGGACCAUGGGCGUCUGCAAAAAGCACCGUGAACCGAAUGAUAAAUACCUUCACAUACGGCACCCCCAUGGACCCACAACCCAUCGUUCACUCGCUACCUUGCUCUCUCCAAACCGAACACCCGACUCUGAGAGUGUUCACGGUCGCCUGCUGUGCCUGUUUGCAUAGUCUCUUUCCCUGCCCGCUCUCCCAGACCAACCACUAUCUCGGGAUCUGCCCCAAUCCCUAUCCGUUUGGCUGUCUCUGUCACGAUUUCUCUCAUGGGCCGCAGACCCUCUCCUACUAUAGCGUUCCUCAGACCGGU